AUGUAUCGAGAAAGAGGGAAUGAAGUGUUAAAUCCAAAUGACAAUAAUAACAAUGAAUGGUCCUACGAUGUCAAUUCAGUACCCUGCUUAUCAUCCAAUAAAGAUGUCGGCAUAUAUGAUAAACGACAAAAUAUUCCGCAACAUUCAUCACGUAGUUCGUUGUAUAAGAUAAAUGAAGCUGACAAUGCAUCAAGACAUAAUGACAUAGAAAAUAAACCAGCUGAUUGCAUUCAUGAAUCGUGUGAAGCACUGCCAUACUGUCAACAGCCACAUAAUCCAGUAGGAAUGGAUUGCCAUGAAAAAAUGCAUCAUUUAGAGAAGAAUUAUAUACACAGUAGUUGGAAUUGUUAUCUCAAUUCUUCACAAAUUGAAUAUUUACCAAUACCAGACGCUAAAAUGGAACCAAUAGCUGAACGAGCACACAGUAAAAUUCACCGUGGUCUACGUGAAGCAUGUUUAGCUCUGGGGAUUGUUUUUACAACGAUCACGCUAAUUUGUAUUGAACUACUGCGUAUCAUUACAUUGACGAUUGUGAAACCAUUUUUACAAUUUCUACGCUUUUUAUCCCAUUUAAUUAUUAAUUAUUUCUGUGAUAUUAGUUAUAUACUGAGUGCACAUUGGGAGCGAUUUAUUCAUCCAAUCAUUAAUUCAUGGGCUGCCUAUUCACAAGAUGUUGUUGUCCCUGUGAUACAUCACGAAAGAGGAAAUGAAGUGUUAAAUCCAAAUAACAAUAAUAAUAAUGAAUGGUCCUACGAUGUCAAUUCAAUACCCUGUUUAUCAUCCAAUAAAGAUGUCGGCAUAUAUGAUAAACAACAAAAUAUUCCGCAACAUUCAUCACGUAGUUCGUUGUAUAAGAUAAAUGACGCUGACAAUACAUCAAGACAUAAUGACAUAGAAAAUAAAUCAGCUGAUUGCAUUCAUGAAUCGUGUGAAGCACUGCCAUACUGUCAACAGCCACAUAAUCCAGUAGGAAUGGAUUGCCAUGAAAAAAUGCAUCAUUUAGAGAAGAAUUAUAUACACAGUAGUUGGAAUUGUUAUCUCAAUUCUUCACAAAUUGAAUAUUUACCAAUACCAGAUGCUAAAAUGGAAUCAAUAGCUGAACGAGCACACAGUAAAAUUCACCGUGGUCUACGUGAAGCAUGUUUAGCUCUGGGGAUUGUUUUUACAACGAUCACGCUAAUUUGUAUUGAACUACUGCGUAUCAUUACAUUGACGAUUGUGAAACCAUUUUUACAAUUUCUACGUUUCCUCUCCCAUUUAAUUAUUAAUUAUUUCUGUGAUAUUAGUUAUAUGCUGAGUGCACAUUGGGAGCGAUUUAUUCAUCCAAUCAUUAAUUCAUGGGCUGCCUAUUCACAAGAUGUUGUUGUCCCUGUGAUACGUGAAUUCCGUCCAAUACACAUCAUAGUACAUCAACAACAUCACCAUCAACAGCAGCAGCAACAUCAGCAGCAGCAACUGCCGACUUAUUCAGACAAAGUGAUACAACAGUGUUGA